AUUGAAAGAGACAGAGAGAGAGAGGGGCGAUGGAGAAAGUGGCAGUUGCAGAGGUGGAGGAGCUGCCCAAGACUAUAGUGCGCAGGGUGGUGAAGGAUAAGCUCUCUCAGUUCUCCGAUGACGGCGAUAUCAUUAUUCACAAGGACGGUCUUCGCGCCUUCUGCGAAAGUGCACGCAUUUUCAUCCACUAUCUAUCCGCCACUGCAAAUGACUUGUGUAAGGAGUCUAGGAGGCAAACAAUCAAUGCUGAUGAUGUUUUGAAAGCAAUUGAAGAAAUUGAGUUUCCUGAAUUUGUUCAACCUCUUAAAGCCUCUCUUGAUGAGUUUAGGAAAAAGAAUGCUGGAAAGAAGGCCGGAGCUGCAAAGUCAAAGGAAGCAAAGAAAAGAAAAGAAGAUUCAUCCCUAAAUAAUGAGGGUGACAAGGGUAAAAAUGAUGGUGGAGAUGAGGGGAAUGAGGUCAAGGAUGACUCCCAUGAGCCGAAGCAGAAGAGUGCAGGAAAAAAGUCAGGAGCAGGCAAAUCAAAGAAAGUGAAUAAGAAGAGGAAAGUAGAAGAAGUGAAGCAAGAUAAUGAAGGCAAUGAAGAUGAGGAUGACUCUCAUGCUAACGAGUGAGAAUUAUUAUUCAUGCUUUUCAGAGGGAGGAAAAAACAGGAUCCUGUUGCUCUAAAUGCCAUUUUAUAGUCCUACACAAUGCCUGAAAAGUAGGCUGCAUCAAUUUUUGUGUAAACUGUUUUACCAAAUCUCUGGUAAGUAUAUGCCUGAGUGAUAAAAUUGCAUUGGCCAUACACUUGAUUUGCGUUGGCCAUACACUUGAUUUUUUUCUUCUGUUUUGCAACUCGCCGAUUUUCUAUAAGAAGUUUAGGGGGUGAGCCUGUGUAGUCUCUAUGUAGUCUCUACGAUAUAUAGAAUGUAACUUAUCAUUGGUUCUUGCAUU